AGCAUUUUAUUGCCACAGUUUUUUUAAAUUUUCCUUUGGUUGUUUCACGUUUGUAGUGUUGUUUAAACGUUCAAGUAGCUCUUAGCUUAUCGCUAUAAAGCACAUAAUUAUUACAUUUGGUGUGCAAGUGAAAUUAACAGUAAUUGGCUAUAUAAAGAUAAAAUUCAAGUCAAAAGGUUAGAAACUAUUAACUAUUUAAGUCAUAUAAGACCGUAGAUUUCUCUCCUAUCGAAUUAGUCUAACAUCACACGCUAUUUGACUAGCAGUACUAAUUUUUAACGUUAAAACAAGUUAUUCAAUUUGUUUUUAAAUAUGCCUGUUUUUCGUUUGGAAACAAAUAUACCAAAGUCUAAAGUGACUCCUGAUGUGUUGAAAAAAAUCUCGAAAACUGUAGCAACAACACUGGGGAAACCGGAAUCUUAUGUUGUUGUUAAUGUUGUGCCUGAUCAGUUAAUGGUGUGGGAAGGAAAAGAUGCACCUUGUGGAACUGCUACAUUAAUGAGUAUUGGUCGACUAGGAGUAGAAGAAAACAAAAAACAUGCCGCUGCUCUUUAUCCGUUGUUAGAAAAAGAGUUGGGCAUACCUGGAAAUCGGUUAUAUAUUACAUUUUUAGAUCAGAGUACAUCAUCAGUGGGUUAUACCGGCACAACAUUUCAUUCUAUUUUAGGUUAAAUAUUUAAUUUUGUAUAUUACUAGAAUCAAGAAUUACAGGUGAUUUAUAUAAAACCAAUUUUUUAUUUAAUUACAUUUAAACAUAUUCAUGUUUCAUUUAAUCAAUAUUACUAUUUUUAUUAAUCAUAAAAAUAUUUUUUUAAUCUUUAUGUUACCUACUUUCAGUUUGAUAAAUCAAUUAAAUAAUACAAAUAUUCAUUAUUAAACAAUAACUGUUUAAAAGAAAAUGUAUAGUGAUUAGUUAUAAUACCCAGAAUACCACUUUGUACUAUAGUUGAAAGAAAAUUAAGAUUUAUAGUUUGUCAUCAA